UAUACGACAAUGUCCACAUGGUUGCGAGGCCACAGUUGACCUCAUUCUGUCACUUGGCAACACUACAUACAUUGUAGUGCUCUAGUGUUUAGCUUUGACGUUUACAAGAAAAGGCACAUCUUUCAUCCAUUUAUUCUAAAGACAGCUAAAUCCAUCCCAUCAUGCCGCGUAUUCGAUCAGCCGGUGCCCGCUCGGACAUGAGUGAUGCUGACGCGGAAGGGAUCACGGAGCGUGAACAGGAGUUGGAGAAGUUGAAGAGGCAGCAUCGUAUUAUGCAAUGUCAACGAGAAGACUAUACAGAGGAAUCACAGAAUUUAAUCAGGAGACAGAAGAACGAAAUUGAACAGCUAGAAGAUGACAAACGAGAUCUGUUGGUCGAUAUGCGUCUCGCAGAAAGUCGCUGUAAUGAAAAUAAGGACAACAAGAACUGUGACGAACUCAGCAAUCUGGCUGAUGAGAAAGACUUCAUGGAGCAAGAAGUCGAGGACGAACGCAACCUACACAUGGAGCUGGACAGUGAGUUAAGAGCCUGGGAGAAGAAGAUUCGAGAACAACAUAAGAAGAUGGGUGGCGUCCACAUGAGUGGGGCACAUACGGUCCAGACACAGAAGAAGGCCAGAACGCUGGAGAAUAGGCUCGAUCAGGCCCUGAAGAAAUUCAACAGCGCCCUCACGAUCAAUUCCGACCUCCGCGAUGAAAUCGACAGUCUUCGCAAUGAGAGGAAACGAUUUGAGAACAUUUACAAGAGGCUGGAUAAGGAACUGCAACAACUCCGCCGCGACAUUGGGGAAGUGAUUGACACGUCAACACAAUCCUAUGAUGCAAGGGAUGAAGCACAGGCCAAGAUGAUCCUCCUGAAGGAGAAGGCAGACAAAGAUCUUCAGCAGCAUAACGCUGAGAUGAAGGAGCUGAUCAGGAUUAUUGAACACGAUCGCAAGCUCAAGGAGUUCAUGGGCAUUAAGGGUCAGGAGAGGCAGGAGGAUCCUCAGCUGGUCGCAUGGAGGCAGAAAAUGGCAUACGAAGCCAAAAAGAAGAGAGAGAAUGAAGAAGAUUCCGUCGAAACGUACGAGGCUGCAUUUAACAAGAUUCAAGAACUCAUGGAGGAAGAAGACCUCAACGCUCUCGUCAAAAAGUUCAUUGAAACGGAAGAUCAGAAUUUCGCGUUGUUUAAUUAUGUUAAUGAGCAGAAUAAUCAGAUUGACAUGUUACAGGAUCACAUUGCUGAGAUCAAGAGCGAAAUCGACAAGUUCAAUAGCCAGGGUGCCGAGAUGGAAGCUGAGAGGAAGGUGAUCAUGAAGCAGCUCGAAGAGAAACAAGUUAUCAGCUCCAAACAGGCUGAUGAGUUUGAGGAGAGAUUCAAGGAGGUCAUGAAGAUACUGGAUCAACUCAGAGCGGGCAUCGAGUCAUUAUUCAAAAAGAUCAACUGCGACCGGGCCGCCAUUGACGACAUGUUAGGUGCACAACAAGGGGUGACGGACAACAACAUGAUCCAAUACCUCGGCAUCAUCGAGCAGAGGACAAACGAACUCCUUGGUAUUCAGACGUACAUGACGGCCAAGGAUUAUGAGAAGUACGACCCGAAGGCGGCCACUGGAUUACUUGGGGAAGGGCCGCUACCCCCAGCGCCACCACCGCACGUACUGGCACCUACUGUUGGAGAUGAGUAUGAGUCGGAGGCGAGUGAAGCAAGCGAUGAUGAGCGACCAUUUACGCGAUCCGAGCUGACAAACAAGGUGAUGAAAACAGUCAAGAAGCGUGAAAUUGCCGCACGGAAUCAAGGAGACAAAUACGAUUUAUCGAACGCCAGAGAAAAAACACAGAAGAAAAAAUCGGAAAAGAAGUAAUCGUGUAUAAGAGACAUUCCUAGACUGUUCCUGUCUGCUGUUGGUGGUUGCGUUCAGGAUUUUAAAGGGGAAGUGUUGUGUUGGGACAUCAGGGUGGUUUGGGUUGUUUCAGCCAUCAAACCAGCUGUGACUUGAUAGUCCCUUUAACACAAAUGACAAUUGUUCAGUUAGAUACUGUGUUGUUUGUGGUGCCAAGUGCUACAGCAGAGAUAUUUUUUUAAUAAGAACUAUCCUGGCCAUAUCAUAUAUGUCCGACCUUAUUUUCAUCUUCAGUGUGCUGUAUGGCAUUUCUAGAUAUUUCUAGAGUUCUGAGUCUUCCCCUAAUUGGUCAAUGUGGGAUAGCUUUAUAUUUAGAGCCUAGUCUAGUCUGAUGAAAAUAUCUUCCUAUACUAUGUCAACUAAACUCUUUCAUCUUCGAAGAGCUGUUCUAUAUAUUUUGUUUUCAGGCAUUUGAUUAUGGUGGGGGCUGCCCAGUCCAAAAGGGGAUGGAUUUCCAUACCUAACAUUUGAUAUGGAAAUCCAUACACAUAAAAAUUGCCAUUUUGAAUUGUCAUGGUCAUGCGAUUAAUACUAAAGUAUGGAUAACCUUACCAUUACAAACACCAUGAGUAUGGAAAUCCAUAUUAUAGUACUAAAUAUGGAAAUCUAUGCCCCAUGUGCCACCUAGGGCACGAAGGGCCCUAAGUAUGGAAAUCUAUACCAAGUAUAGGAAUCCAUACCAUGAAUGGAUGGUACAGACUGUUUUCGUAUCUAUUUUGUCCUUUAUUCAUGCGACGUGGCGUACAUACAUUCCCUUGUCUUCCCUUGCUAUGGAGUUGCAUUUAAGUAGUCUAAUAAAGCUUUUUAUCCGUCCAAAGAAAAUCACAAUCAUAGUCGAAAACAAUGAAGUCUUCGUGGGGAAUAUUUUAUUCCUUUAUAAGUAGGUUUCUUUUUUAUCAAAAUUGUAGUCUGAAGUAUGAAAUCUUAUAAUUUAUUUUGUCGAAAUCUAUUCAGAUGUUUUUUAAUGUCGUCUACUAUACAAACUAUUAGUAUUCAUGUGAGAUCAAACCUUGUUUAAGCAGGACAGUUAUUUAGAUUGUGUGUGUACAUGGAUGUCAAUGUCAUCAAUAUACAGGGAUAUCCAAUACAUAUUUGUAUGCAAUCAAUUAUUCAUGAUAAUCAAAAUGAAAUAGUAUUGUUCUUUUUAUACAAAAG